AUGCUAGUCCUACCUAAUGGGGAAAUCGUCACCGAUGAUGAAGCCGAAUAUGUCGAUAUGCCACCCUUAGCUGUGGAUGAAGAUGACUCGGAUGAAGAAGAAGAACAUGCACUUGAGGGUGAAGGCAAGUUAUGCAGUCUUAUCAUUGACGGCGACAGUUGCACAAAUGUUGCUAGUGCUACUAUGGUGGAGAAGUUGGGCUUGCCAACUACGGAGCACCCCGGCCCUACAAACUUCAAUGGCUUAAUAAUAGUGGGGAGUGCACAGGGGAUACAAGUGGAUGAGUCUAAGGUACAGGCUAUCCAAGAGUGGCCAACCCCUAAGUCCAUUGGGGAUGUGCGUAGCUUUCAUGGGCUUGCAAGCUUCUACAGACGAUUUGUGAAGGAUUUUAGCAUCCUGGCCGCCCCACUCACUGCACUCAUCAAGACAAUCGAGAAGUUCAUCGGGGGGGAGGAACAAGAGCAAGCCUUCCGAACACUAAAAGAUAAGUUAACACAUGCACCCAUUUUAACCCUCCCUGAUUUUGCUAAAAUUUUUGAAAUUGAAUGUGACGUUUCAGGGAUAGGAGUUGGAGCCAUACUAAUGCAAGAAGGUAGGCCUAUGGCAUACUUUAGUGAGAAGCUCAACGGGGCCGCUUUGAACUACUCGACCUAUGACAAGAAAUUAUAUGCCUUGGUUCAAGCAAUACGAGUAUGGCAGCACUACUUGAGACCCAAGGAGUUCAUAGUUCACACCGAUCAUGAAUCUCUCAAGUACUUGAAGGCACAACACAGCCUUAACAAGAGCAUGUGCGAUGGGUUGCCUUCAUUGAGACAUUCCCGUUCGUCAUCAAGAGCAUUUCCACUGGCCACGGUGGUGAGCCGAUGCAUAGUAUGCAAGAAGGCAAAAUCUAAGGUACAACCCCAUGGUUUAUACUUGCCUUUACCAAUUCCUGAUGCACUUUGGGUAGAUCUUUCCAUGGACUUUAUUCUUGGCUUACCUAGGUCUAAGAAAGGGCAUGACUCUAUUUAUGUAGUUGCUGAUCGAUUUUCAAAAAUGGCACCCUUUAUUGCUUGCCAUAAAACGGAUGAUGCAUCUCACAUAGCAAACUUGUUUUUCAAAGAAAUUGUUCGGUUGCAUGUCAUUCCUAGGACCAUAGUGUCUGAUAGAGAUGUCAAAUUUCUCUCUUAUUUUUGGAAGACUUUGUGGUCAAAGUUGGGCACUAAAUUACUAUUUUCAACCACUAGUCAUCCACAAAUAGAUGGACAAAUCGAGAUUGUCAAUCGCACUCUCUCUACUCUUUUACGCACUAUCAUGAAAUCCAACUUGAAAAAUUGGGAGGAGUGCCUACCUCACGUAGAGUUGGCAUAUAAUAGGGCUGUAUAUUCCACUACUCAAUACUCUCUGUUUGAAAUUAUUUAUGGAUUUAACCCCUUAAUACCUUUGGAUUUGACCCCGUUACCUUUGAGUAAAAGAGCUAACCUCAAUGGGCAACAAAAGGCUGAAUUUGUUCGAAAGUUACAUGAGAAGGCUCGCUUGAACAUAGAGAAGCGUACGGCCCAAAUUGUUCAACAAGCCAACAAAGGUAGACGCAAACUUGUGUUCAAACCAGGUGAUUGGGUUUGGCUACAUCUGCGCAAAGAACGGUUCCCUAUCCAACGCCAUAGCAAGCUCUCACCUCGUGGCGAUGGACCAUUCCAGAUCCUUGAACGCAUCAACGACAACGCCUACAAAUUGGAUCUGCCUGGUGAGUAUGGUGUUAGUGCUGCUACAUUCAACAUCUCUGACUUAAGCCCAUUUGAUAUCGUGGGUUUCGUGAGGAUGAAUUUCACCGUCAGGGAGGAAUUCGCAUCAAGAAGCUUAACUUUUGAAGCUCCAAUUCCCAGAACUAAUGUACCUUCUGCUGAGAAGACAACCAUUGAAGUUGUUCCCUCAAUUGCUGCAAAAAACGGUACUGAAGACAAGAAGCCUGCAUCUCCAAAAUCUGCUCAUAUGAGCCCUCUCAAGAAGCCACAUGAAUCUGCAAAAUGA